AAGAAGGAAGCAUAUCAAAUUACUAAAGUUACAAAUUAUCUCUUAGGGGUUUUUCCCUUCGAGACCAGCAACUAGCUUGCGCCUGACUGACCUUCGUAUACAUAUUUUAGCAAAACAAGCCGCAUCUAGGGCACUGAAGAUUGUUCGAGAAAGCUUUCCAGCAACAGCAGGUCAAGGUACAUAGCACAGCCCGUCAUGUCUGCUCAGAUGAACACUGAUUUAUUCAUGCUGAUUAGCAUCUGUACUGUUUAUAUGUUUCCAGUGCAAGUGGCAUGUAACAGAAGCUGCAGAUGGAAUCAGCUGACUAUCUUGCGUCCCAAGGGAGCCGUAUGCUUUCCUUGUCCAGAAUGUCCCGAGGGUCAAGGCAUGGUCCCGCAGUGUGGCUCGCGUAUAACUGCUGACGUCACAGUGGAGUGUGUGGAAUGUAAACUUGGCAAAUCGUACUCGGAUAAGCAAGAUAUCUCCUCGUGUAAGCCGUGCACCAUCUGUGAUCCUAACGAAGAAACGAUCAGCCCAUGUACUGCCACGAAGAAUGCGGUUUGUGGAGAAUGCAAUGCUGGCUUCUAUAGAGCUACAACUGGAGAUUGCAAACCUUGCAUGAGAUGUUGUGCUGAUAGUAAGGACGAAGAUAUAGAGAAACAGUGCAAAGCACAGACCAACCUCCCAGCAAACCAAAUAUGUCGAUACGAUGUUGACACCAUCAAAUGCGCGCCUACAGCAUACAGGACAACUGCGCCUGCUGUGUUGGUAUCCACGGCACCUGUAAUGUCACAAGACAUGAUGGCUGCCCGCACUAAAGAGGGAAAGAGUGGUAGCACCCUGUUGUUCAUUUUGUUUGCAAGCUGUCUUGCUUUCUUUGUGUGUCUUUUACUUGCAGUGAUGUUGGCUUUUUAUUACAAAAAGAAAAUACUAGCCUCGCUUUGGUGCUCCGGACGUAUAGACGGUGUGAUUAUAACUCCAACACAAGCGGAUUGCAAUCAGCCUUUGACCACCAAGGUUGUGUUUGGGAAUGAAAAAGCGUGUGAAUGAACUUACGAUUUCCCAUACCCAUUAACUUUCCUCGCCAAGUACACUUGAAGGAAUGAGAUAACCUCCUGGCAUUAUACCUUUACGACUCUUCAGUGUACCAAGUUGAGUUAAAGUUCCACUCAUACAGUUUAGACUGCUGAUAUUCUUCGUGGUCAGUUAUAUUCACUAUGAGGACGCUUCACACGUUAAAAAAAA